AUGAAUGCGACGAUCGCUAUCAAGCAGCUCUGCCAAGGGCAUAAGCCGGAAUGGCCAGCGAACGCCAGCUCUCUGAAUUUUGCGCAAUCUCUUGACAAUAGCAGUGCGAUAUCGAAGAGUUUCAGACCCGACUUCAUCGUUCCAACGAAAGCGCAGCUCAAGAGGAAAUCGCUCAGUGAUAGUGCGACAACAUCAGCUCCUACUUUGAGUUCUGAAGAAGAAAGCAUUUAUUUCUGCGGCAACUCACUAGGUCUACAGCCGAAGGCGGUUGGGCAACACUUGAACGCAUACUUGAAAACAUGGGGAUCUAUUGCCGUUGGCGGGCACUUCACACAGCUCGAGAACUCGCCGCUCACACCAUACCAAGAUCUGGCCGCCGAGUGCGCAAGGAAAAUGUCCCAUAUGGUCGGCGCCUCACCAUCAGAAGUCGUUGCCAUGAACACCCUGACCAUCAACCUUCAUUUGAUGAUGGCUGCUUUCUACAAGCCAACGGAGAAGAAGCACAAAAUUAUGUGCGAGUGGCGGCCCUUCCCCAGUGAUUGGUACGCCAUUGAAUCGCAAAUAGAGUGGCAUGGUCUCGACCCUAAGAAAUCGAUGCUACUCGUUGAGCCGGAUGACCGCUAUCUCAUGACAACGGAAAACAUCAUCAGGCUCAUCGACGAGAAUGCCCAUGAGCUUGCUCUCAUCCUGCUUCCGGGAAUCCAGUACUACAGUGGCCAACUUCUUGACAUUUCGACUAUCACCGCACAUGCGCACAAGCGCGGAAUCACGAUCGGCUGGGAUUUGGCGCACGCGGCUGGCAACGUUGAGUUGAGGUUACACGAUUGGAACAUUGAUUUCGCCUGCUGGUGUACAUACAAGUACAUGAACGCCGGCGCCGGUGCUGUUGCCGGUGCCUUCGUGCAUUCGAAGCAUGGGGACAAUGGGCACUACAAGGGCCUGAAAGGAUGGUAUGGCCACGACAAGUCAUCACGAUUCCUCAUGGACAACAAAUUUGUGCCUACGCCCGGCGCUCAAGGGUUCCAAUGUUCUAAUCCAUCAAUCGUGGACCUCACCUGCCUAUUGGGUACGCUCAGCGUGUUCGAGAGGACAUCCAUGGCAGAGCUACGAUCAAGAUCUCUCCUCUUGACUGCGUAUGCCGAGCAUCUCCUUACCCAGAUUGCGAGUCGGAAUAUCAAAGGUGGAAGUUUCCCGUUCGAAAUCAUCACACCUUCGGACCCCAGAUAUCGAGGCGCACAGCUUAGCGUCUUGCUUCCAGAGGAAGUCUUUGAGGAUGCUAGUGCAGCACUAGAGGCAAAUGGCGUUGUAUGCGAUAAGCGGAAACCGGGCAUUAUCCGUGUUGCGCCAGUGCCGAUGUAUAACACUUUUGAUGAUGUUUGUAGGUUCAUGCAGAUAUUUGAGGAGGCGCUGCAGCCGAGGACACAAGCUUGUGGGCAAACAAUACAGGAGGAGAAAGUGAUUGAGGCGAGGUUGUAG